ACUAAAUCGCCAGGCAACAACUCCCGCUUCACGACUUCAUCUUUUCGUCAAGCCGACAAUCAAGGAAUCAUAUUUAUCAAAGAGGACAUAGAGACUCGUUACGUAAGUACUCCCUAGGAGUUGAGAGGCCAUCGGUUAUCCUGUUUUCUUCAUUUCCUCGAGCCAUAGCCCGCAUAUAACUCGUAAGGAGCAAGUACUACUGCAUUGCUACUGCAUUGCUCGCCGCGCCUGCCUUGAUUGUCUUGGUACUGGGAGAGCUGCUGCUCAAAUAGAUUCAGCAUAAAAUUGCACGCUGCAUCUCGAAGACGUCAGCAUCUGCUACUUUCUUGUCCACGAGGGAACUAUAAAGGCUGAGAUACAUUCACUUGCCCUUCAAGAUGCCGAAUACUGUCUUCCUCUAUCUACUGCGUUAAAAUCCCCCCCAAUAGACACCUACCUGUACGACGUAUUGGAAUCUCCAUCAGUGCGUGGAAUAAGAUAGUCGCACCUCGCAGAGCCGGUUAAUUCUACAAUAUAAAUUGAUCUCCUAAUCCAGAUGUCUGAUUCCCUGCAUCGCAUCCAUUUUCCUUUUCGAAAUCCCGUUGUAAUACCUUGGGAGCGCGGUUUGGAGAUGCUGCAUCAAAAUUUCACACGCGUCAUCGAUUCAAUCGGCGCUUGCCUGGGCUUCACGGCAGCAAACCCCAUCGACUCAGAAACUCCCGAUAUCCCAGCCGAGCCGCGCGCGGAUUCGAGUCUCACAAGAUGCUUAGAAGCUCUCUUCCUUAGCGCUGACCCAUAUGCCUACCUGUAUCGAAGCAACGGAAACAACCCGACUUCAUCCAAGGCCUUGAACAAGAGACAGCCGGUGUUGAAACCUACCAAGGGCACUGGAGGUGUUCGGGACCCUUCUCUGGUCCAAGGAGGUGGCGAUGAGGCAGGCAAGAAAUGACAAAUUGAGAUGCCGCACAACGGACCGGAAGCAGAGGGAUUUUCGUGUGGGAGAGCGCGAAUCGGGUGAGUUUCAACAAUGAGCGCCUGGUUAUCGUAGAAGAUGGAACGGUAGGCAUGGUUUGGGACCCAAGAAGAGG